AUGAGUGAAGAAGAAUUUGAUGGGAUGCAACCGAAAAAGUCUAGUGUUGUUGGCAGCAAGGACGAAAUGGAUCAGUGGGUUUCAGAUUCAUUUUACUCAUACUUUCCUGGUUUCACCGAUGAGUAUCAGAAACGCCAAGAUUAUUUGCGCAAUCCGCAGCACGAGAACCAACAAAACCUUCUAAGACACCAGAAGCUACAAAUAUCUUUAACGAAACCACCUGCUGAUGUUUCUACGCUGAGUCCGAGGAAUCAGAUCGACUCAUCUUUAAAUAAUACCUACUCUCAAUCCUCCAUCAACCUGUCUUCUCAAUCUGCAUCAAUACCCAACAGCAAAAACGAUUUGGAAAUUAUAGUUACAAAUCCUAAUUAUCAACCUUCAAAAUAUAUAUUUUCUCGGCCAAAUACAAAUCGUCAUAAAAAGCUCGAAAACUUAAGACAUACAGCUUUAUCAUCGACUGAAGACGUUUACACAAAUCGCUAUAAAGGUCCGAGGCGCCUAGAAGAGAAACUUAGAACAAUUGAUUUGGAGGAAAAAUUAGCAAAGAAGAAUAUACUCAACAAAAAGAUUCAAAAAUACACAGAAAAAAAUCGUCUGAUGAAGGCACAAUUCCUUGCCAAGAUGGAAAAUGAUACUAUUAUGUUUUGUGAAAAGACAAAUUACCCAGAAGCCGAGAUAAAGGAGGAAAAUGGUGAUGUAAAAAAUGCAAAAUCUAGCGGUGGAACAGAUAUCAAUAAAAAUAAAGUUUAUAAAUACUUUAGUAAUUCAGCUCGCCAUAAGCAUGAAAAAGAUGUAUGCUUAAAUUUGGAUCCUUCAGAUAGAUAUAUGGAGGAGAAAGAAUGCUUUCAUCUCAGUGAAAAAGUUUGCCCAAAGUGCGAUGCUCCACUAAAAAUAUAUCAGAGGUUUUGUCUCAACUGCCAGCAGCUACUGCGGACAAAAUACAUGGUUAGCCGAGCUCCUAAAAAAGAGGAAAAAGAAAAUAUAUAUAGUGAUGAGAUGAGUGAAAGUAUGCACAGUUUUGAUGAAAAAUCCAAAGAAGACGGAUCCGUGGACUGCGUGCUUAGGGAUCAAUCACUGCCUGCUGCUAAUGGCAAGGAAAAAUAUGCAGAUAGCUCUGUGCUAGCAUGUCAUAAAUGUGCACGAAUGUACACACUUUGCAACCUUUGUGUUACAAAAAACGCAGUUUGCAGAGCUUGCCAUCGUAAACUUAAUGUUUGUAUGAGUUGUAGACGUAAUUUGUGCAAUUUCUGCCUAAAUGAAAUCGCGACCGGUCACAAUACAGAACGAACUCAUAGGAACGAUACUCAACUUAGCAAAGAGAGUGAAGAAACUUAUUUAAAUCCUUCAGACCAACGUGAGCAUUCGUUUUAUGUACUUGAGGUUACCCCCACAACACUAGAAAACCAUCGCGCGGAUUGUAUCAAAUCGGCUUUUAAUUCCAUGGAUCACGAGAAGUAUUCUGGUUGCCACCACGUAAAAACAGAUUUUCAUACUCUUAGUAAAAGUGAAAAGAGCUUUGAAAACAUUGAUAAAUCCUUUUACUUUGGGAAUGAUGAAAAUGUAUCCAUCGACAACGUGCGCCGUACAGUUGAUAAAAAGUUAUAUCAAUACCUAAAAAACUACAACGAGGAGGAACGUAAUAAAAAUGAGUCACGUCAUCGCGGCACACAAUCCAACAAUGAGAACAUGAAUCGCCGUGAUAUUAUGUUACAUGAGGAACAUAAUUUGUCAAUACCAUUAUUACAAGAAAUGCCAAAAAUGACACGCCUGGAAUACAUAAACUAUGCUAAAUUAAGCACUAAACAACGAAAACGAAAACUUGACUGCCUUGAACAAAAAUGUCAGUUAAUAUUCCAGAUACCAGAUAUACAAACGUGUAACAUGACUCAGAAUUUACCACUUAUGGUAACCCAAGUUGGCGCUAUUCGAAAGCAGUUGCAGACUGAUCACCUUCCGAGUGAUACGCAAUAAAUGGCUUCCACUUGAUUAGCCAAUCAAACCAAAUGACUUGAAAAUGAUAUGCAUCAGUUUUUUGGAUCUUAGCGGCAUCGAUGGUAAACCGAGCACAAAUAACUCCAAUGAGCAGAUAAAUCCAAGUUUGAGCGCAAAAAUAUAAGGUUUAAAAUUACAGUAUAUGUGAUUAAUACUGGUAUACUUUAAGAACAUUUUUAUACAAUGUAUUUUUAUUAAUGUUACGUGCCACGAAAAAUCUCGUUACGAACCUAAAACCUGAAAAUUGGCUUACAAAUUGAGUCAGUCUCUUUUCUGCACUAAGUCGAACUUGCUGUCUUUGCAUGUACAUUUUUCAUCUGUCUCUGGAGAAUGUACUGCAGGAACUAAGCUAAUUUAAUUGAAAUAUUUUAAGGCUAUAAUCAGUGUGUGAUUUUAUUUCGUUGAUCCAGUGACAGUCUUUCAAGUAUGAAAGUAAUCAAAUGAGUAGUAAAAUUUCGCCACAAUUUAGAUCAGCUGUUUUGAAAUUGUCUGUUUUAGAUAUGUUAUAUAGAGAAAAUUUCACCCCGUAUUUAUCACAUAUCUCAUUUUCACGUCAUUAUCCUCAUACGUGUUUUUGUGUUUUUCAUUCCCGUAUCAUCCGCAGUCAGAUGUGACAGGAAAAUUAGGCGGUUCCACUUUGUGUCUAAAGCACCAAAUAAUAGAAAAAGUUGUGUUUCAAAAUGCGAUCUGUCGUUCAAAAGUGGAAUCAAAAUGGAAGCCAGUUUUUAAUAGAAUUUCAAUAUUGUUAAUUAUUGCUAUUGAUAUUAAAGUUAAUGUUGUGUUGGAAAAAAAUUUAAGUCUCACACACUUAAUAGAUGUCUUUAAAGUGCCUCGUCAUCAUACAGAACAGAAAAAAAAUUCAACAUUUCCACAAAUUAUAUUUAUACUAAUUGUAUAAAUGUGCUUAUAUGAAGAAUGUACCUACAUAUGUUACAAGUAAACUUAAAAUGAAAUUGUAUAAAUCAUUUUUAUUUUUAAAUAAAGCAU